AUGCAAACCACGCUCCCAUCACGGCCAAAACGCAUCGCCUGCAUCCAGCUCGACCCAAAGCACGCCGAUGUUGAGCAAAACACCGACAAUGUUCUCGGACUUGUCAACAGGCUCAUCGCAGAAAGAAAGACAAACCCGGUCGACCUCCUUGUCCUCCCGGAACUCGCGCUCACCGGGUACGUCUUUGAGAGCAGGCAAGAGAUCGAGCCGCUUCUCGAGGAUGCGCGCAUCUUCAAGGGCCCCACAGCCGCUCUGGAAGAGCACGAGUCUCAGACGGCAUCGGCGUUGAUCGCUUCCUGCAAGUCCUCCUGCCGGUCGUCCAAGCAGCCGAGUCUCACGCUAGCAUCUCACCUGGCGCGGUACCUUGCGUGUCAUGUCGUCAUUGGCUUUCCAGAGCUUGGUUCGCAUCAAAGCUCGACAUCCGAAGCUGUAAGCGCGCCCUUUGAUGCGAGGCCAGUCGACGUUCGAUCUGCACCGUCGUUGGGUCACAACGCUGCGGAGACCGAGGACCUCGCCUUCAACUCAGCUGCGCUCUUCUCCCCCACCGGCGCCCUCAUCCAUGUCUUUCGCAAGCACUUCCUCUUCGAAACGGACGAGAUCUGGGCAACGCCCGGACCUGGCUUCGAAUCCAUCCGCCUGCCUGGCCUGGGCACCGUCUGCGUGGGCAUAUGCAUGGACCUCAACCCGUAUCUUUUCGCCACACCCUUCGACGCCUGCGAGCUAGCCUCCUUCUGCGUACAGAGGAAUGUCGAUCUGCUCAUCAUGCCCAUGGCAUGGCUGCUGCCCAAGGACGAACAGGACAAGGAGCAGACGAGUUUGUCCACUGUCAACUACUGGGCUUUGCGCUGCAGGCCGUUUUUUGAUCGAGAGCAGAAGGGAGAGGAUCGGACGAGAUAUCUCGUGGCUACGAAUCGGGCGGGGAUCGAGGGAGAGUCUGUGUUUGCGGGAUCGUCGAGCGUGCUUCAGAUGAAAGGCGGAGAGCGACCGGUCCUGCUUGAUAGUCUUGGAGCGAGAGAGGAGGCGUGUCUAUUGGUCACGCUGCCGGAGUGA